AUGGCAAGCAACAACUUGGCAAAUGAGCCAGCCGACGAAAAAUGCGAAGACCAAUCGCAUCUGAAUAUCGGGAGCGAGAUUGUUCCGGAUCCCAACAUUGAUCAUAUUGAGGCAGAUGCUGAAUUGACUCAGGACUUGCCCGAUGAUACGGAAGCAAUUGAUUUGGUGCACUUAAGGAUUCGCUCUAUGGAGGAUCUUGGGUUACAACGUUUCACUAAGCUGAGAUCUCUGUGCCUCAGGCAGAACCUUAUAGAGAGCAUGAGCGAAGUGGAUGUGCUCCCUCCUGAAACUAUGGUAGAUAUAGACCUCUAUGACAACAAGAUCAAGCACAUCUCCAGUAAUAUCGGGAAACUUACAAAUUUAGAAAGCUUGGAUCUCUCUUUCAACAAAAUCAAGCACAUAAAAAACCUUGAAGCGUUAGUAAAGCUGGAGAAUCUGUUUUUUGUCCAAAAUAAGAUUUCAAAAGUGGAGAACCUGGGAUCACUUAAAGCACUACGCAACCUCGAACUAGGAGGCAACCAAAUCCAUGAGAUUGAGGAAGACUCUCUAAAGGGGCUAACAAACCUUGAAGAAAUUUGGCUGGGUAAAAACAUGAUUACGCGGUUGAACAACUUGCAUCACCUCACACAGUUGCGUAUUCUUUCAAUCCAGUCCAACAGAUUGACGAAGAUUGAGGGAUUAGAGAAUCUCACAAAUCUAGAAGAACUCUACCUAUCUCAUAACUACAUCAAGAAGAUUGAAGGCCUUGACAAAAACAUGAAGCUGACCACUUUGGAUAUCACGUCAAACAAGAUUACCAAAGUUGAAAAUGUACAUCACCUCACUCAACUCACAGACCUUUGGCUGUCUUUUAACCAAAUCGACCAGUCUUUCGAGUCUCUAGGCGAAGAGCUCAAGGAGCUACCUGCUUUCGAAACAAUUUACCUUGAAGGGAAUCCCAUUCAAACAAAAAACGAAACAACUUACAGAAGAAAAUUAGUAUUAAAUUUGGGGUCCAGCCUUCAGAAAAUCGAUGCCACAUACAUUCGCGGGUGA